AUGCCCUCCUACAUCAGCGAUCUGAUGCCUUCCCUGUUUGACGCCCUCUAUACUCCUUGGGGUACCCUCAUGGACGCGUACGAGGACUGGCGAUCCCUGCCGCACCCCCAGAGGUCGGACAACAUGCCGACUCUCCAGCAUUACUUGUCCCUCCAGCGCCCGUCCCUGCUGGCGAUGGUGCAGGAGCUACGCAAGUUCGUGCUGAGACACAAGCACGACAUCGUGCAUAGCGAGCGAAAGCACAGCUGGUCUGCUCCUCACUCUGUCUACGCCCGCCUGGGGGAGAUCAUCGACUUUCUCUUCGACCUGGAGGAGGAGGGCCUCCUGAGGUGCGACGAGGAGAUGGUCUCCGCGGUCCGCAGGCUGCACGCUCCGAUCCUCCGGCUAGAGCGCAUCUGCUGGCAGGACAGCAGGACCAUUCCGGGCCCCCCGCCAUGUCGCGGCGAUGUCGCUGGGGCCGCCGCCGAAGGAAUGAGACGCACACCGGAAUGCACCCGCGAUGAUGGCAGCGAAGGACGAGGCCGAGAGGCCAGCCAGCGCUGCCGUUUCCCUGUUCGCCGAGCGAUCCCCCAGCGUAAAGGACUGAUUUCCUCCUGGAACUUCGGAAGGACUACUACACGGCAGGCUCUGGUAGAGGAAGAGGAGAAGGCUCAGAUGAGCAAGGUGGACGCGCAGGCUCAGGAAGAUUGCGACGAGUAUCAUUACGCUGAGUCGUUCCUCAAUCGCCUCGUUGCCAUUGUGACAUCGAAUGAGAGAUUCUUGAGCUCGUUGUGCUGCCUUGCAAUGACUGGUUGCAGUGCAGGAAUGUGGAGAUUACCCUUGGAAGAUGAAGAAUGGAGAAGUGUCAUGCUUUCAGGAGCAUCGUCUCCAUACGUGAGCUGGAACGGACAGGAUGACUCAGGGUUUUUCUUGAUUCAAGACGCCUACCAUGAGGAACCCGAUGGCGAUAAUUGCUCUAACAUGGAGCCGUCAGUUUAUGCUGGUCUGGGCUACUUCAGUCCCAUGAAGUCGUCCUCUGCUGUACAGCAGCCGGUAGGUCUGGAGUCGAUAACAGGGAAGAACAGCUUUUGUGGAAGAAUUGCACAACGAUGGACACUACCGCACCAAGAGGAUGGCGAGCGAAAACUCCAGGAGCUUGAGCCGCCUUGCCAAGAUUUUCCUGUCGGAAAGAAGGCUCUUGUGCUGGAAAGAUACGAUGAAGAGAGGAAUGUUUGGGUCCGGCAGCAGGGUCAGAGCCCUGGAUAG